AAGGGGCGGGGCGGGCCCAGGCGAGCGGGGGCGGGGCCUCGCGCCGUCCUGGGGCGGCUCAUAGGGCCGGGCCGGAGCUGCGGACACCCGUCGCCGCUUCUGCCGCCGCCGCCGCCACUGCUUCGACCUCUGCCGCCGCCGCCGCUCCGUGUCGCCACCAUGAACCAAGAUCUUCGCAGGGAGCGGGAAGCCGCCAGCUUCAACCCGGAGCUGCUCACGCACGUCCUGGACGGCAGCCCCGAGAGCACCCGGCGCCGCCGAGAGAUCGAGAACCUGAUUCUGAAUGACCCAGACUUCCAGCACGAGGACUUGAAUUUCCUCACUCGCAGCCAGCGUUACGAGGUGGCUGUUAGGAAGAGUGCCAACAUGGUGAAGAAGAUGAGGGAGUUUGAUAUCGCAGACCCAGAGGAAAUCAUGUGGUUUAAAAAUUUUGUGCACCGAGGGCGCCCUGAGCCUCUGGAUCUCCACUUGGGCAUGUUCUUGCCUACUUUACUUCACCAGGCAACCGCAGAGCAGCAGGAGCGCUUCUUCAUGCCCGCCUGGAACUUGGAGAUCAUUGGCACUUAUGCCCAGACAGAGAUGGGCCAUGGAACUCAUCUCCGAGGCUUGGAAACCACUGCCACUUACGACCCUGAAACUCAGGAGUUCAUUCUCAACAGCCCUACUGUGACCUCCAUCAAGUGGUGGCCUGGUGGACUUGGCAAGACUUCAAAUCAUGCAAUAGUUCUUGCCCAACUCAUCACUAAGGGGAAAUGCUAUGGAUUACAUGCCUUCAUCGUACCUAUUCGUGAACUUGGGACCCAUAAGCCUUUACCAGGUAUUACUGUGGGAGAUAUCGGCCCCAAGUUUGGCUAUGAUGAGAUGGAUAAUGGCUACCUGAAGAUGGACAAUUACCGUAUUCCCAGAGAAAACAUGCUGAUGAAGUAUGCCCAGGUGAAGCCUGAUGGCACAUACGUGAAACCUGUGAGUAACAAGCUGACCUACGGGACCAUGGUGUUUGUCAGGUCCUUCCUCGUAGGAGAAGCUGCUCGGUGUCUGUCCAAGGCUUGCACCAUUGCCAUCCGAUACAGCGCUGUGAGGCACCAGUCUGAAAUCAAGCUGGGUGAACCAGAACCACAGAUUCUGGAUUUUCAGACCCAGCAGUAUAAACUCUUCCCACUCCUGGCCACAGCCUAUGCCUUCCAGUUUGUCGGUGCAUACAUGAAGGAGACCUACCACCGGAUUAACGAGGACAUUGGCCAAGGGGAUCUGAGUGAACUGCCCGAGCUCCACGCCCUCGCGGCCGGCCUGAAGGCUUUCACCUCCUGGACAACUAAUGCUGCUAUCGAAGCCUGUCGGAUGGCGUGCGGUGGACAUGGCUACUCUCACUGCAGUGGCCUCCCGAAUAUCUAUGUCAAUUUUACCCCCACCUGCACCUUUGAGGGAGAGAACACUGUCAUGAUGCUGCAGACGGCUAGGUUCCUGAUGAAAAGUUAUGACCAGGUGCACUCAGGGAAGUUGGUGUGCGGCAUGGUGUCCUACUUGAACGACCUGCCCACCCAGCGCAUCCAGCCGCAGCAGGUGGCGGUGUGGCCGACCGUGGUGGACAUCGACAGCCCCGACAGCCUAACGGAAGCAUACAAACUUCGUGCAGCCAGAUUGGUAGAAAUUGCUGCAAAAAACCUUCAAAAUGAAGUGAUUCACAGAGAAAGCAAGGAGGUAGCAUGGAACCUAACUUCCGUUGACCUUGUUCGAGCAAGCGAGGCACAUUGCCACUAUGUGGUAGUUAAGCUCUUCUCAGAAAAACUCCUCAAAAUUCAAGAUAAAUCCGUCCACGCUGUUUUAAGGAAUUUAUGUCUCCUGUAUUGUCUGUAUGGAAUCAGUCAGAAGGCAGGGGAUUUUCUUCAGGGAAGCAUCAUGACAGAAUCUCAGAUUACCCAAGUAAAUCAGCGCAUGAAGGAGUUGCUGACUGCAAUUCGCCCAGAUGCUGUUGCUUUGGUGGAUGCAUUUGAUUUUCAGGAUGUGACACUCGGCUCCGUGCUUGGCCGUUAUGAUGGGAACGUGUAUGAAAAUUUGUUUGAGUGGGCCAAGAAAUCCCCACUGAACAAAUCAGAGGUCCAUGAGUCAUACUGCAAGUACCUGAAACCACUGCAGUCCAAGCUGUGAAGGGUCAUGGCGACAAGGUUGAUCUGCUCCAUAAAGCAGCUGACUCAACACCCCUCGCGCUUGUCACACAGAUCUGCUCGGAACCUUUACCAAACUCAGAGAGCUAUAGAGCAAAUGAUACAUUGAGCCCUUUCCUCUUUCUAUAAAUGAAGAAAAAAAAUGAACAGAUUUCAGAGAUUAAAUGAAAAAAACAGAUGUGUUUUAAGUGCAAUUAACACUGCCGGAGACCUGCCAGGCAUCAGAAGGAGCUUUACGAGCUGCAGCGUGACUUCCAUCCAUAGUGCUGCUGACCCCAGUAGGCCAGGACUUUGGAUAACUCGUAGAAUUUAACUACUGAGUAGUUAAUUAUUUUCACCUCUUAAUUGCUAAUCACUGGAUAUAUAAGUGUUUUUAAGCAAAGGUAUUUUUUAAGGGGGGUAAAGCCCUUCCCACCUUUUCUGCUAAAUGUUCUACUACUCCUGCCAGGGGCCGUGGCUAAGAAGCAGGACUGAAGAGAAGGGAUUCGGGGAAAGGAACAAAUGAGGAAACUUAGCGUGAGUGAAAUGUGUGCCUGACACAUUGACACGACUUCCGCCUGUUUGCCCCUCUUGGCCGACCAAAUAGUUGUUUCCACCUAACUGUUCACAGCAGCAUCUUCCCGGCAGGAGUUCUUCAGCACAGGCCUAGCAUAGGCUCACUGUCCCGUGUCAUUAGGAAUUAAUCCUCCAUUCGAGGGAUCCCUAAAUCAUCGGUGCGGUAACACAACAACUCACUUAGUCCCAAACUUCUUGGGAAAGGGCAAGAAGCAAAAUUAUCUCUGCAUUUGACUUUUGGCCACUGAUGGCACCUCCAUCAGUGAUAAUUCAUCCCUCUCCCCCUCUCCCUGUCCUGAAAGAGAUGCUAAGAAAGGAGAAGAAGGGGUCACAGUUCCUUUGUAGUAGAACUGAGUACAGGGAGAGCUCUCUUAGUUGCGGUUACUGUGACUGUGGUGGCCCUAUCCACUGGAUAUUCUGGAACAAUCCAGAUUUUCUGUAUUCUGCCAUUUGUCAUAAGCGGUUACAAUGCUUGGAGGUCACAGUGUCUGGCAGUACAGAGAUAGAAGCAUCACUCACGCCACCUCUUCUGCCCAGGAGUACCCCAGGAAACUCCUUUGACAAACCAUGUCUUCUGGUUUUUGGAUAUAAAUCAUAGAAUCGGUAUAAUCAUCGAAACUGUGACUAAUGGAUAAAUGCAAGUUCCAUAGACUCAUUGUACAUUGGCUUUAUUUUCGGUCUGUUUCUAGGAGCUUGAUCUGAAUUGUGACAUUGUCCUUUGAGCUGAAACCUAAUUUACACAAUCAUUGUACAUUUAAAGGUUAAACACAUACUUCCUAAUGAAGUUUUUUCUUAAAAUCGAUGUAAAACAGCAUCACUUGAUUUUUUUUUUUUAACCUGUUAACUGUAUCUGUGACAUCUGUCUCAUGAAACCAAUUCUAGAAUCAGUCUUGAGAAUGUAGCCUAAUUCAGGGGAAGUGUUAUUCCUACCUUGGGACCCAACGUAAAGUCUAUCCCACUGAAACCAGUUAUAUGAGACUUUCCUGGCCAGAAGUACUGUCUGUUGACACAAGCCUUAACCCUCCCCCCAAGAGGAACUUGCUUUAAGCUUGAUGUUAACAAGCACUCUGUUAAUUUCUUCAGGCUAUAUCUUGACAGUAAUUCAGAUUCUUGGAAAUAACAGAGUAAAUUGCUUAAUAUUGACCUGUUAAAUGUAGAAUUGCUUCAGAAUUAGUGGUUAAAUACCUUAUUCACAGAUGACCAUCUGUAAUUGGGGUCUGAGCGGGUUUGAACUAACACCCACCGAAUCCAACAGCAUGGAUCUGGGAUCUCCGGGCAGGUUUGAGCAAAUUGUAGACACUGUAGAGCCCCCUUCAGUCCAGCACCUUGAGUAUUAUUUACAAGUGAAUUAUCUGAUAUUUGAUACUGUUUUUAUUAACAUUGGGAUUUUUGUCUUGUACUUUAUUCACUGUAACCUAGAAAUACAGUAAAACCUCCCUAAUUUGUAAUAUCACGAGGAAAAGAGAAUGCCACAUAAUUAAACAUGAGUUUAAGUCACAAAGAAUCUUAAGGUCCAGGUUUAUGAGGUUAUCAGGUGCAGGUAACACUAAGAACAAAACAAAGCGCGCUCUCCCCAGCAGAGAAACGCAUACAUGUCGCAGCUCUCAGAGCUGCAGAUCCAGUUUGCUCUCCCGAAGAAGCCAGGUCUCUGCUACAGAUAAGGUUGGUUCUUUUUGCGAGCCGUUUUCACAAGUACAAAGAUAAAUUUCAACCUACUGUUCUCUAAAAUGAGAAGUGCUAAGAGAAUUAAUGAUAGAAGCCUUUUUUUUUUCUUUUUUAAGUACUAUGAACCAAACUCAAAAUUGGAAUUUUGAGGCUUACGAUUUUGCCGUUUGUAGUGGAUGAAGGUUGAGUCUUCCUGAAGUGUUGGGAGCUCUGCUUUGUGCUCUGCUAGUUAUAUAAAGAGGAGUAUCUCAGUGUUUGAACAUUAGUGGCCUCAAAGCACAGUUGGUUCCAAAGCCUUUGGGGCCUUCAUAUUCUUGGCUUAAGAACAUAGCAGUGCUAAGUAUCAGCUUAUCUUCAGAACAUUGACUUAAUUGCUGCAUUAACUAUAUUCACGUGCCUUCGGAGAACUCCCUGUGUGUAAUUUCAGAUAUCAUAGACCUGGAGGCAUUUUAUAGAUCCUAAACAUGCUAGGUCUUAAUUCUUGGGUUUUCUUCAGUGCAGGGCUUUGGUUGGAGCAGCAUGACCAGUUCAAGUUCAGAAAUUGUUCAGAUGGCUGUGACCCUCAGUCCCUCUCGCCCUUCUGAGCCCCUUCCAUCCAUCUUAUUAGGAAGGAAGAGAUGAGGUGCAGGUGUGCACACCUGCUAAUCUUUAUAAAUGUGGUAGGUAUGCUCGGGAUCAUAGGUUGCCUUCAAGCAGUGCCAGGAAAUGGGUGGUUCUACCUGAGACCAAGAGUCUCUUAUUGAUUCUCCUUACUCAGAUAAAGAUUUUGAUCAUUCUCAUGAAAUAAUGCAGAGGUCAUUUCAGCUGAGUAUUUACUACUCUGUUCUUGGAGGGUUUGACCAAGUCACACUGUAAAUGACUGAAAUGACUUUUUAUUUUAAAAUACCAAUAGACGUUUGCUCUUAGCUAUACACACUAAAUUCUCACUACCUAUUCCUGUGCUCCAUGAUGGUAAACAGAAACAUGAGGAAUCCUUAGAGUUAUCAGGUGUUAGCUGUUGCAGACCUGCAAAUUCCUAGGUUCCAAGGGUUUUUUGUUUCGUUUUUAUUUUGCUUUAAGUUUAUUUGGGCAACUGGUACCUGCAUGGCUCAGUUGGCUAAGGGUUUGCCUUCGCCUCAGGUCAUGAUCCCGGGGUCCUUGGAUCAUGCCCCAAGUCAGGCACCCUGCUCAACCGGAAGUCUGCUUCUCCCUCUAACCCUCUCCCUGCUUAUACUCUCUCUCUCAAAUGAAUUAAGUUUUAAAAUAAAUACAUUUAACUGGGCCAUUGAUUAUCUUAGGAAGAUCAUGAAAAAUUGAGGAGUGAUUAUAAGAAUUCUGAAUCAAAAUAGGUGGUUUUGCCACAAUACUGUUGACUAAGUCAUGGUUUAGGUAGCAAACAUAUAACCUUCCACAUAAUGUUCAGACUGCUGACUACUUUGUAAAACACCGUUUUAUUUCCAAUUGCUGUAGAUUCAAGGAAAUUACUUGUAUUCUUCAGUGUGUGUAAUUCCUUGCUACCUUUUCCUUUUUACUGUUAGGGUUUGCGUUCGGUUCCCACCUGACAAGAUGCAUUUAGCAUGUAUUGUUACCCAUCCCUGGCUGGACCUGUCAGUGGAAGUGUGAGUACCGAGCAGGUGCACGGGUCCAGAACUUCUGAACCAUGAUUGGACAUCUGUGACCCGCCAGCCCUGCUUGGCUUGGGCUGCGAGUUAGCCAAACCAUUACCCCCUUUUUCCCUUGUAAAAUUGAAAAAAUCCUUAAUAAAACCUGUGGUUAACACAAAA